AUGUUGCCCUCCGGCCUGGCCAUUCUGGAUCACACCGCACAAGCGAUUUUCGUAAACCAACAUUUCUACGAGCUCACCACCCACCAUGGCGACGAUCAGUCAUUCAAAUCGUGGCCUGCAAGUAUUCAUCCGGACGACUACGACCGAGUCAUGAAUGCGUAUCACGACGCUUUCGUCUCCCAACAGCAGCUUCGCACAGAAUUCCGCGCACAAGGUGGUGAUUCUCGGUGGCGUCUAUUACUUUUGACCCCUCUUGGCGACGACAACCUGCAGCACAUCAGCCUACGGGAGUACGGUGGCUUCAUUUGCAGCAUUGUCGACAUCAGCUCCGAGAAGGGUGCCGAGAUCAGUGAGCGCAAAGCUGCCAAGGAAGCGCUGGAGCGCAAAGAGCAGCAGGAGCGCUUUAUUGACAUGAUCUCUCACGAAAUCCGUAACCCGCUCUCUGCUGUACUUCACUGCUCUGAAGAUAUCGAAGAAGCCAUACAAGACGAACACAACAUCGACAUAGCAGCGAUUAAAGACGCGGUCGAAACGAUCAACCUCUGCAUCGAUCAUCAAAGGAACAUUGUGGAUGAUGUACUGUCCUUCUCGAAACUAGAUGCUUCGAUGUUGUCACUAGUACCACGCUCGUCUCAACCAAGUAGACAACUGGCCAAUUCCCUCAAGAUCUUCCAGCCGGAGUUCCGGAAGCAGAACAUGACUUUCGGCUAUCGUAUUGACACUUCAUACGUGGAGUACGAAGUUGACUGGGUGAUGGCGGAUUUGGCUAGGAUUGGUCAGGUCCUUAUCAACCUGGUGUCCAACGCGAUCAAGUUCACCGCGAAAAGUGAGGGCGAGAAGAAGGUUGUGGUUAGCAUUGGAGCAAGCCAUGAGCGUCCGACAAGCUAUCCUCCGGAGGUUGUGUUCUUCAGUUCCGACGACUUAGCAUAUCGAAUGGACCACACGAACUCCGCCGACUGGGGUGAUGGCGAAGCACUAUACAUGUUGAUCGCCGUGAAAGAUACGGGGAUUGGUAUUUCCGACGAAGGUCAGAAACGCCUCUUCGAGCGCUUCAGGCAAGCUACACCAAAGACUGGCGAAAUGUAUGGCGGUUCGGGCCUCGGUCUAAAUAUAAGCCGCAAGCUUUGCCAUCUGCACGGCGGAGAGAUUGGCGUCAGCUCUAAAGAAGGCCACGGUAGCACCUUCGGGUUCUUCUUCAAAGUGCGCCGAUCUUCGCAGCCAAGUGAUUUUGACGGUCGACCGGAGGAGCAGUCUGUGACUGAGGGGCAGUGGAAGACUCAAGUCAAGCAGCUAGGCAACGACACGGAGCAGAACAUCGACUCCGGAACAGCACCGGAGAGCUUAAAGAACCCUCCAGUGGAAGAUACGCAGGACUGCGCGCCACACCCGCACCAGCAUCAGAGUGAUCGAUACGAUAAGACUGCCGAAGUGGCUGAAAAAGUCGAAGAGGAGAAGGAACCAAAGUAUGAUUCACCCGCGCAGCGUGAAGAAAGCGAGAAGCAGAGCAAGGCUGCCAGUCCCAAAGAAUCACCAAAUGGCCACCGUGUCGAGCCGACAGCGAAUGGACGUACGCGGGUUCUGCUCGUGGAGGACAAUGUGAUAAAUCAGCGCAUCGUCAAUCGCAAGUUGCAAGCCAAAGGCUUCUCCGUCACCACGGCAGAUAACGGGCAAGUUGCUGUGGAUCUAGUCCGCCAAGGCCCGAGAACUUCUGGUGGAGACGAUGGCUUGUUUGACGUGAUACUAAUGGAUCAGGAGAUGCCGGUAAUGGACGGUAAUGCUGCGACAAAAGCGAUCCGGGAGAUGCAGAACAAGGGCGAGAUCGAGCGGCUGCCAAUCCUGGGCGUGACUGCGAAUGUGAGGGGAGCACAGCAGGAUGAAAUGAUCAGCAGUGGCAUGGACGACGUGAUAAGCAAGCCGUACAAGAUCGAGGACAUGGUGGCGAAGAUCAAUAAGAUCCUGGGUAAAUGA